AUGGCUGCCAAGAUUUUUGAGACCAUCGGCAGACUCGGCCUGGGACUGGCCGUCGUUGGCGGAGUAGUCAACUCUGUUCUUUACACCAUGGAUGCAGGUCACAGAGCUGUCAUCUUUGACCGAUUCCAGGGCGUUCAGGACAACGUGGUUGGAGAAGGGAGCCAUUUUCUCAUCCCCUGGGUGCAGAAGCCUGUUAUCUUCGAUUGCCGCUCUCACCCAUGCAACAUCCCAGUUGUUACUGGGAGCAAAGACCUACAGAACGUCGACAUUGCCCUGCGGAUUUUGUUCAGACCAGUGGUGGCACAGCUUCCCCAGAUCUAUACCACAGUUGGGGAGGACUACAACGAGAGGGUGCCUCCUUCCAUCACGACCGAGAUCCUCAAAUCAGUAGUGGCCCGUUUUGAUGCUGGCGAACUGAUCACUCAGAGGGAGUUGGUUUCCAGGCAGGUCAACAAAGUGCUGGCGGAAAGGGCGGCCUCGUUUGGCCUCAUCUUGGACGACGUUUCCUUGACGCACCUGACGUUCGGGAAGGAGUUCCUUGAGGCUGUAGAAAUGAAACAAGUGGCCCAGCAGGAAGCAGAGAGGGCCAGGUUCACCGUCGAAAAGGCAGAGCAGGAAAAGGCAGCAGCUAUCAUCUCUGCCGAGGGGGACGCAAAGGUGGCUGAGCUUGUCGCCAACUCGCUGGCUUCGGCAGGCGAUGGCCUCAUUGAACUGCGCAAACUGGAGGCGGCUGAAGACAUCGCUUACCAGCUCGCGUGGUCCCACAACAUCGCCUACCUACCACCGGGACAACCCACACGGCCCCAUCCAGCCCAACGAGCGACACCCACAUCCCCAACAUAG